AUAAGAGGGAGAGCGGAUGGCCAGUUUGGUCCGGACGAGCGCUAGGCCUCUGCGAGGGUCCAGUUGGUCAUGUGAUCUUCGAUACUUUCAACCCCUCCCAUGAUGGGUGGCUCUUCUGCCCCAUUCCCAAUACUACCCCACCACCACCACCCCAACGCCGACCAAACCAUCGACAGCAGAGAAUAGAGAAAAUCGAAGACAUCCCAAGAAACCAAAGCAAAGAUCGAUCGUAUGCUUUUGCGCUUGCUCCUAAAUCUCAGGGAGGGUUGCAGUUAUCACAGGGGUUGCUGGGGUCUUGACGGCUGCUUUUAGUGCCUUCGACAUGAGCUACGGGAGCAGCUCGCUUGCUUCUGGUGCUAAGACUGCAGCAAGGCAUUUUGAGUAUGGGAGGACCCAUGUCGUCAGACCCAAAGGAAGGCACCAGGCCACUAUAGUGUGGCUUCAUGGUCUAGGUGACAAUGGAGCGAGCUGGUCCCAGCUCCUGGAGACCCUUCCUCUUCCCAAUAUUAAGUGGAUAUGUCCAACAUCACCUACUCGACCUGUAGCAGUUUUUGGUGGAUUUCCUUGCACUGCGUGGUUUGAUGUCGGGGAGUUAUCAGAGGAUGGACCUGAUGAUGUUGAGGGAAUGGAUGCUUCAGCUGCACAUGUUGCAAACCUGUUAUCAACAGAGCCUGCUGAUAUCAAGAUUGGUGUUGGUGGCUUUAGCAUGGGCGCUGCUACCGCACUUUAUUCUGCUACUUGCUUCACUAAUGGAAAAUAUGGAAAUGGCAAUCCUUACCCUGUCAACUUAAGUGCAGUUGUUGGCCUAAGUGGCUGGCUUCCAUGUUCCAGGAGCUUGAAGAACAAGGUGGAAAGCUCUCAAGCUGCUGCAAGGCGAGCUGCCUCCUUGCCAUUGUUGCUUUGUCAUGGAAGAGGUGAUGAAGUUGUGCUUUAUAAGCAUGGAGAGAAAUCUGCUGAGGUUUUCCGAUCUACUAAUUUUCAGAAUCUUACCUUCAAAACUUACAGUGGGCUCGGCCACUACACAAUCCCUGAAGAGAUGGAAGAUGUCUGCAAGUGGCUUACUGCAACGUUGGGGCUUGAUGGAUCUCGCUCAUAAUUAGAGAAUCCAUCUUUGAUUUUGGAUAUUACUGUGGAAUGGGGAAAGAAAAGUAUCCUACAGCUGUAAUGAAUAGAUAAAAUUAUGGAUAAUUUUUAGAUGCGGGUUUGGGGUAUAUGAUAUAGUUGCAUUUGAUCAUCUUAGCUUCUUCUGGUCCUGCUUUUUAUUCAGAAACUUUGUCUAUAUGCAUGCUCGUUGAUGCUGGUAGUUGGAUGUCAUUGAUAUUGGUGUCUUUAAACAUAUGCAAUUCAAUACCCUAUCAGAGAAAUUAUCCUUGCAAA